UCCGAGAACCGAGAGAGACCGCGGGGGACGUCCACAUUCACAGUCCAGUGAGCUAGAAUCGUCUUCCCGGAAGAGAUUCGCUCGCCUGAACCAACAUGGGGCUAUGCUCGAGCAAACAGCGGGCAAAAGAUGGAGUUGCCAACAGUGUUAGGUCGCAUCUGGUCAGGGAGCGAAAGGGUACCAAGGUGGAGGACCUGUAUGAGACCAUCUCUGUCAUCGGGAAAGGAUCGGUGGGGAUGAUUUUGAAGGUGAAACACCGCCAAACCGGUGUGGAGUACGCCCUCAAGACUAUCCAGCUUGAGAAGAUCUCUCCUUCGAUGCUGACGGAGAUGCGGAACGAGAUCGAGAUUCUUAAGCGGCUCGACCACCCCAACAUCAUCCGAGCAAUCGAAACGUUCGAGUCGGACAAAGAGGUAUACCUUGUGAUGCGGCUUUGCACGGGGGGCGAUCUCCACCGCCGAGCCCCGUACGCCGAAGCGGCUGUAGUCGACAUCAUCACCAAGCUGUUGUCGGCGACGUGGUACAUGCACCAGCAGGGGAUCGUCCACCGAGACCUGAAGCUAGAGAACGUCGUGUACGAGAGCACUCUGCCUGAUGCUGACAUCUUCAUCAUCGACUACGGCCUUUCCAAGAUUAUCGACAGGGACGAGGCACGAAUGAAGGAGGUGGUUGGCACCUUGUAUACGAUGGCGCCGGAGGUGCUUAACGGCGGGGUGAGCUACGACAAAUCGUGCGACAUGUGGUCGAUCGGCGUGAUAGCCUUCGUUCUACUCAGCGGUGAUAUGCCGUUCGACACUACUACCAAGCAGAGGCUCAUGAAGGCCGUAGAGAACGGGCGCAUCGAGUUCUCUGGCAGGCGGUGGAGCAGAGUCAGCAGCGAAGCCAGGCGACGUGAGUCGAGCUUUAUCCGGCACAUGAUGGUGAAGAAUCCGUCAGGGAGAUACACGGCCGAGCAGGCGUUGCAGCACAGUUGGAUUCAAGGUUGCAAGCUGUCGGACGAGCAGCGGAUGCUCUCGCCCGCUCCCACCGUGCUUGAAAAGGAGGAUCACGACCGAGUCGUGGCUUCCAUGAAGAACUUCGCUCUCUACAGCAAGGUGAAGAGGACGGCGCUGAUGCUGGUGGCCUACAGGAGUAAGCCAGGGGAAACAAAGGCGAUGCGAAGGGCUUUCAAGGCGUACGACGUGGACCAGAAUGGUCGCGUCAGCCGAGCCGAGUUCCAGAAGGUUCUGAAGAAACAGGGCUACUCCGACGAAGAGCUGGUCGGUCUUUUCGACGAAGUGGACGACGACCAUGAUGGGUUCCUGCAUUACACGGAGUUCCUCGCGGCGACGCUGGAGACAGGCGGGAAGGAGGUGACAGACGAGCGGCUCGCGGAGGCCUUCGACCUACUCGACAUGGACGAUUCUGGGUCCAUUUCAAAGGAAAACUUGCUGGAGUUCCUGGGCAAAGACUCGAAGGGGUACAAUGUGACGCAGCUGAUCGCGGAGGCGGACGAGGAUGGCACUGGUACUAUCAACCUUCAUGAAUUCUGCAACCACAUGCGAAAGAGCGGAAGGUUUAGCAUAUCGAGUCUCGGAGCGACAAGCGGUAGCAGUGUCAUCGGGCAUCAGUUGGGUGGCUUCGGAGCACCUGGCGAGGAGAAGACCGAUGGUUUGGCGGUAUCCGUCAUGGAGCAACGGGGGGAGACCGAUUCUGCCGAGAAGGGACCCCCUACCCCGCCCCCACCUUACAGCCGCGUGGAUGAAGGGGUGGUGCAUGGACUCGCGCCCCCGUCCGCUCCGGCAUGACGUCAUCGAGCUGGCGAUUUGCGGGAAUUCGAAACGCGAUUUGCGAUGUUUGGUCUUAUUUCCGUUGACUGCAUUGACGCCACUUUCUGAAACCUAAAUAGCCAUGCUUGUUUUCUGUGUUCGGUGUUUCAAGAAGCAGGUCGCAAUUUGACGAUGGACAACUCCCCCAGCGUUGGUUGAGGAUAUUGAGGGAUGAUUUGGGGGUGGAACUGCGGAGUGUUUUCUUUCUGCGCCAAGGCGAACUCUGACCGCUCGCGGAAAUCAUGGAUCUUGCCGCGUCCUCCGUGCAGCAACUGUUUUCGAAUGAACCGUGUAUGCGUGAUUUUGGUGUCAAUUUGACAUUCGGACAUUUUGCGUCUGGUUUCAGCCGUGUGCGUUUUGUCGCACUUGCAUUUCCGACUAGACAGUGGGUAUUUUUAGUAUGGUACACAAAUUUAACGGUUGUGUUUCGCGCGUAGGGUCAUGUUUUCUAUUGGUUCCGAUAUUCAGUUGUUUUUCGAAAAAACAGGUCUUUCCCAUCCAGGUAUUCCAUAUUUCCUCGUCAUCUUGUAUUUCGCAUCCCAGGCGGCACCUCGCGUUUCCACAUGUGUGUUGUCGUUUUCGUGUCACGCCCCUCAGGCGGAAACCGACCGCAAAAUUUGGUGCUGACGGCGGUGUUGUACAAAAUGUCCAGUGUUGUACAGAACAUGUAGUUUUCAGUCGCAGUAGCGUCGAUGACGGCCUUAUACCCAGUGUGUUGUAAAACAGACCCCUUCGGGCCGCGCUCGCACUACCCUCUGCGUUGAAAUUCAGUUUCUUGUCGAUGUAUUGGUUGACUCCGUUGGCCAGAUUUGAAGCGAUACCUAGACAUCGUGAUUGGAAAGCAGUGUUGUAGAUAGCGAAGAUAUAAUGCGUAGGUGCGGUGAUACGUGUGUUGGCGGCAACACACUCUUUGGCAACUCAGAGCCGCCCGCAUGUUCAAACCUUUGUCUCAUAGUAAAGAUGUAUACGCAUGGCUGCCAAAAUCGGCAACGGGGUAGGGGACGAUAUGUGUAGUGCUUCAACGUCGCCCUUGAACGUCGCCCCUGUUUGUGGACGGGCCCAAACGUCAUGAACGAAGACGUGAGACUUUCACGGUAAAAUCACCGAUCAGCGACCCGACCCCGGCAAACCAGUACAUGGUUCGCAGAUUUUUUGGACUACUGUCGUUGCGUGUUGUUCACCCACGCUUCAUUUCGGCCGUUGCCUUGUCUCAGAUUUGUUUCAUGUUGAAGUCUACGAUAGAAGGUGUAUUUGUUGGGCGUGGACAUGUUACCUGUUUUUGCUCUCCGCGGUGUUAUUGCUUGUUUCUUGUGUUGAAAGACGAUGGGGCUCGGCUCCCCGCUUGCUUUUGUUCGAAGCCCGCAUUGCGUUGAACAAAUUGUACGCGUGGCCGAUGGCCAAGACAAAAAAUAUUCUCGCGCUUCGCGAGGUGUCACGUGUCCACGACGGGCGGGGGCACCCCGCACCCUAUUUGUUCUCUAGUCGUUUUAUUUGUGGCAUCGAAUCUUGAGUGGGGGGUUUUAAGUGGCUUCUUGAUGCUUCACUCAUCACCUCAUCACCUGUGGCUCGCGGUAGAGGACAGCUAUCUGUUUCCUGCAUUCAGUUCGCUGCGGUGGGGCGCAUCCGCGUGCCACCGGCCGCUACGGCUGUACUACAACCGUGGUAUGUUUCUCCGGUUCGAAAAAUUAGCCGAAAACUAGUAGGCCUAGCUGCUGUAACGCAUGCCCCUCGACAAAAGCAUAACAAAUCACUCACUUCCCGGCGAACAAAAAUGGAACGCCAAGCACGUUAAUCCAAACCAAGGUUGUGCAGGAAGAAAGAACGCACUCGUCGUGACUCCGGUUCAGCAUCAUCGAAUCAUGGGGUCCUGGCGAAAACACCGUGCUUCUCCCGACGGUUUGCAUCGUCAAACUACUAUAAUACAAAUCAUUAUCGCUACCGGCGUGCUUCGUUGCUGGACUGAUCGAGUGUCUUCAAAACAAACGACACACGACUGUCGGAGCGCACCCACCCUGUUCUUCGCCUCAUAUUUCAACACGACCUAUGCCCAGAAAGGCGCCUUGACGGAAUCUCCGCGCAUCGGCCUAUGCUGCGGCUCCCACUAAUUUUAUCUGACGCUCGAACUGUCUCGAACGAGGGGAACUGGAAAUCUGAUUCAAAGAAUGCUGAAACCUUCCGCAACAAGCAAAUGCUCCCGACCCACCUACAACACUGCAUGGAGGAAAAAAGAGUCAAAAGUACGUUUCACCUAAGUAGAUCCACACUUGCUAAACGUUCAGCAACAAGCAAAUCAUCCCGGCCCCAUUGAUGCAGCGGGAAAAAAAGGGUCAAGAGCACGUUUUAGGCAAGAAGACCGACGACACCGCGCCGUAUCGACACGGGUGCCGAAAAGAAGCCCCAUGAUCCGGACUACAUAUACCAACAACGUGAACACAAAAGCACUAGCGAAAAGGCGUCAAUCGCGAUCUCAUGGCCGACCUCUCCUCUGACACCCCCACCACGACCUGCUGCCAUCCAAAUAGAAACUCAAGUUUUCGCAACGCGGAAGGGCAAAAGCGCCCUUUUUUGUUGUACCAAGAACAAAUCGACAAAAGAGAGAACAUAGUCGCACGCACAGGUACAUGCAGAGACCUACAUUCUUAGUAGCGCGGGUAGAGGGAUACCAUGACGUAUCGGCUGGGAUGCCGAAUAUAUAUAUUUCGAACAGACUAUACCAACCGAAUCAACAAACAGCGGAACAACGAUGAUCGCGAUCUCAGGGUCUAACGAUAAUCGCGAUCUCAGGGUCUAACCUCCCCUCUCACACCAUCACCAUGAACAACGCUUGCCUCCAAAACGUGAACUGCAAACUGUGCCACUCGAAAGAGCAAAAGCUCCCACUUUCCGACACACAACGCACCGAGGAAACAGAGCCAACAGUCGCGUACCCGCCAAAACGAAAAUGAAAAACAAUAAAAAGCUGUCCAAAAUACAUGACCUACAUGCUUACUUUGCAGGAAUUCUGAUGGACCAGAUGGAAUGCCAAUUAUAACUCUGGGGUUCUAUGCUUAUGCAGCAGGGCAAAUGACGAGAACGCGUCUAACGACCAACAACAAGCCGCCAACCUAUGCCACCACUACCGCGGACAUCAUCAGCUUCAUGUCCCGGAACAGAACCUCAAAGAGCCGUUCGUUCUUCCUCUAUAAAACCCCGUGUGCAAACAACAAUCUACCCCCCUCUCACACAAAACGCGAUAGGUAUGUCACUACAGUGAGGCCGCCGCGCUGCAACGUACGCCACGACUAUCGAAAGGCACAUAUCGCAGCCUGCAGCCCUGACAACACAAGGAGAUCGCCCUCCCUCCCCCCCAAAAAAUACAAUCCGGCAAACCACUUGGUGCCGGGCUAGCAAUCACGGCCCCCACGUCCGGUUGCAAACCACGUUCCCCGGGAGUUGGCAAGAGCCAAACGCAAACCCCCGAAUAUAUGGGGGGGGGGGGGUACGC